CUAGUGUAUACCUACUUACGUUCCUUUUCUGCUUGAAAGAUCCUGGAGUCCUCGUGCUGUAGACUCUACUCUAGCAUUGGGAGGAUCUCCAGCCGAGUUUUAUCUGUGCUUACGUAUGUUUGUUGUUUCAUGAAAUGAACUGGGCACCAAAAUCCACCAGCCAGGUUGGUUAUCUCGGUCAGAGUGGAUCCUUCCAUCGCCUGCAGCAAAAUUCGUCUGUCGCCCAAUGAUGGAUUGCAUUAUGUGCAGGAAAUAGAUGAGAGUCAGCCGUCACUAUGUUUCGAAAAAUGUUUUUCCGUCCGUUCAUGGACAUGAGUUUUGGUGGAUCCUUGCUUUAUUACCGCUCUCCGUUCAGAAAUAUCCCAAUUGCAUCCUGCGCGCUUACAUUCCAUAGGCCUUGAAUUUCUGAUGAUUUACCACUUUGGAAGAAAAUCCAUGGGCUCAUAUGGUGAUUAUACUAUAUCUGGUGCAAUAACCACUCUCGGCACUCCCAAAUAACGCCAUUGGUGGGUCCCUCUUUCCUAGUGAUCACUUUCACCCCUUGCAACCUCAUGUGGGAGAAGCAAUAACAACGUGAAUAUCAGAAUUUGACACUGCUGGUGGAAUCGUGAGCCCAUAUAUUUCAUCGAUUUGGUCCAAUCGAAAGGCAGCAAGGAUGUUGAAGUCAUACAUCGUGGGUCUGGUUGCGGUCCCGUUCGCACAGCGAAUUUCCCCUUUCAGGGCCACUAUUGUUGGUUCUCGAUAUGUAUAAGACCUCACAUCUCGAAAUGAUUUACUCUUUCUCUCUACAUCCUCACAUUCUUUGUCGAUCCCGCUCACUACAGAUCACCCACACUCUUUACCAACUAGGAUAUCUCUUCAUCGAUUGAAGCCGGCACAUAUUCUUGACUUUCAUCUCUCAUUAAAAGCAAACACUAUCACCGCUGAGCGAAUUGAUAUACCUACCUUCAAAAAUGUCCUUCUCAAAGAUCUCCGCUGUUGCAAGCGCAAUUGCUUUCGCAACCAAAGUUGCAGCCCACGGCACAGUUUCUGGUGUCGUUGCUAAUGGAGUUUAGUAAGUAUCCAUUGAUUCAGCACAAUUCGUUUCUCUACUAACAAUAAUAGUUACCCAGGCUACAACGCUAACUUCCAGUAUAUGGCUACUGCACCAGUAGUUGUGGGUUGGUCUACUCCUCGAGAUCAAGACAAUGGCUUCAUCUCCCCAGACCAGUACUCUUCACCUGAUAUCAUUUGCCACCGCGGCGCUACGAACGCUGGAACCUCAGCAAAGGUGGCCGCAGGAGGAAAGAUUGAUUUGCAAUGGACUACAUGGCCCGAGUCUCAUCACGGUCCAAUGAUUGGUUAGUUGAGGUCUUCGAAGCUUGAGUUCGACAGCUAACAUGUAUUAGACUACCUAGCAAACUGCAAUGGUGACUGCACAACCGUUGACAAGACUGCUUUGGCGUUUUUCAAGAUCGAUGGAGUUGGACUUAUCGAUGGCAGUGCUGCACCAGGAAAGUGGGCAUCCGAUGAAAUGAUUGCAAACAACAACACUUGGUCUGUCACCAUCCCAUCCGACAUUGCUCCAGGAAGCUAUGUUCUCCGUCACGAGUCCAUUGCUUUGCACUCGGCUGGCUCGUCCGGCGGUGCUCAAAACUACCCACAAUGUAUCAACUUGGAAAUCACCGGUUCUGGUACCGCAACCCCAUCUGGAGUUAAGGGAACAGCUUUGUAUACCGCUACCGACCCAGGUAUUUUGAUCAACAUCUACACCGCUCUUGCCAGCUACAUUGUCCCAGGCCCAGCACUUUUCUCUGGUGCAUCAAGCGGAUCGUCUAGCAGCGCACCAACCGUCGUAGCAGCAAGUAGCAAGGCUCCAGCAGCUUCAUCCUCCACCCCAGCAGUUACCAAGGCACCUGUUGCUUCGCCAAAGCCUACCUCCGUUGGAGCACCAUUUUCAAACAGUACUUCCACAAAGGCAUCAGCUUGUAAGGUUAAAACCAGUGGCAGCGUCCCAGUAGCAUCUGCUAAAGCAAACUUAGCUCCUUCAAGCGUCCCAGAGCAAGCCACUCCCGUGACUAUCCCAACCGUCUCAAGCUCUGCAUCCAAGGCUUCCGCAACAAACACCAAAACCCCUUCAUCAGGCUCUCCAGUCAAGGCUCCUUCAUCUGAUGACUCCAACCAGACUCCUUCCUCUGGUGGCUCGAUCAAGACCCCUUCAUCCGGUGACUCCACCACCAAAUCUCCAAAACCCGCAACAUCAUCCGCCGCCGCUGGUUCAACCAGCGCUCCAGAGGGAACCACUCUUGCAACUCUCUUGUCCUGGGUCUCUUCAUUCUACACCAAGCAUGCAGAUACUGAGUUCACCGGGGCUACCAUUGCUCGUCGCGCACAUGCACGAGAUGUCGUUGUAAAGCGUGCUGGAGGAAAAUUCCGCUUGGGUGGCAACUAAGCCCCGACGAGAAUCUCAACAUCGAAUUUCCAAACACCGAGUCCGGCGUUGGUAUUUUGAUAUGGAUAUGAAUAUGGUUUCAUGAUAGUGAUUCUGCUUCUUGUAUAUAUCACCGUGCACUUGCACUUCUUUGGCUCUUUUGAGUCUGCUUCAAUUUUCUUUUGUAUACUUUACCAAUGCUAGAAUCUUGUUCUUUAGCCAAUCAAUG